UUGAAACUUGGUCAUUGGACAAGGUAAUUAAUCAAUUAGCAAUGGGGUCUUCAGGAACUAGAAUGGUUGUUGUUCUGAUGGUUCUUUUGCCUCUGAUGACAACAACAAGUGUGGUUGCCACACCGAGCAGCAUAGAACACUGCCUGAGGCUGCUUUUGAAUCCAGCUCCUCCACCACCAAAACGCUCUCCUCCAACCUUUGAUUUGGGUCGCAUCGUAUGCAGAGACGCCUUUCGCGCCAUUAGCCAUUCCCUGCAAGAAACUGGGAAAUUGCCCUUGGCUUACUUGAGUGCCCUUUGCAACAUCUUUCAAGACAAUGAAGAAAAAGUUGAGCGUUACGUGACUCGCACGUUUAGAUCCUACGAUUCUCGCACGCUCAUCGCGGGUCGCCAUUGUGCCACCAUCCGCAAGAGGCAUCACGCCAAGGCCAAGCCACCCUCCUUGUCUUUUUUUUCUAGACUUUAGACUGUUUCGUACACAUAGAUAUUCAUGUUGGAUAUGUUGGAUACACCUUGCAAUUCCUCUUUCUGGUGCAUGAACAACAAUAAAUUUAAUUGACGGGUCUCUCUCUUC